AUGGAGGAACAAGAGAAGGUUUCAGAUCUGAUUUCAAGAUUGAGGAGUAUCACAAAUCAGAUGGCUAGCUGUGGUGAGAAGCUUGUUGAACAUAAACUAUGUGAAAAGAUAUUGAGAUUAUUGCGUCCCAGGUUAGAUUAUGUUGUGUGUGCGAUUGAAGAAUCUAAAGACAUUUCCGCAUUGAGUCUUGAAGAGUUGCAGGGAACUCUAGAAGCAAGAGAAUUGAGAAUGAAUGAAAGGAGUGGGGGUGUGGAAACUCUAGAAGCAAGAGAGUUGAGAAUGGAUGAAAGGAGUGGGGGUAAUUAUGGGAAUCAGGCAUUGGUAGCAUAUGCCAACAAGAAAGGAGACCAGAAAAAGAAGUGGAAGAAUAAUAAAUUCAAGAAACCUGAAGAUAAGUCCGAAUCAUCAUCAAAAGGAGGAAAUUUGAGUGGUAAAAUCAAAAGGAAAAUAAAAAAAACUUUGACAAAAAGGUGCAAUAUUAUAAAUGUGAGAAGUUUGGAUAUUUUGCAGAUGAAUGCUAGACUGGCAAAUGAGGGAAACAAAAGAAGAAAGAAGAAGAUAAAGUAUGUGCUGCUAAAGAAUGUUAUUCAUCAAACUUAG